UCCCCCAGCAGCGCAGCCAUUCUUCUAACUUCCUUCCUUUUCUCUCUCUCUCUCUCUCUCUCUCUCCCCCCCAAUCCCCUGCUUUCCUCUACCCGUCCCACACCCCGCCCUCAAACACAGGGAGGCGGAAGGUGCAUUGCCAUUUGCCAAGCUGGGGCUGGUAGUGCAGGAGUGGUAAGGGUGGAGGAAAAGGUUGGGGAAGACAGGCAAGCAGACAAAAAGGGUAAAGCAGGGGCCGGAGGAUUAAAGGCAGAGGACUGAGAGUGAGGGCAAGAGAGUGAGAGGGGGGAAUCCAAUCCAGUCCAGUCCAGCCCGCGCCUGAUUGGGCGCAGGAAGGAGUGAGCACGAAGCAAAGCUAGAGGCGACCGGAGCAGAGAAGAAGGCCAGCUCGCCGAUCGGAUCGGGACGCCCGCCGGAGAGCCUCCCCGCUCGCUCGCGCUCGUUAGCUGAUAUAUAUUUCAACACGCCAAUCAGGAUGGAUCGACGAAGCUGGCCUUGGAAGAAGAAAUCUUCUGAUAAAUCGUCACCCACAGAUGCGUUACAGAGUUCCAAUCAAGGAGAACAGGAUGAAAAAGUUCCAAAAUUUGUGCAGAUUUCAUCAGAAAGAUAUGAACAUCUUACUGAAUUAGAGGAACAAGUCAAACUACUGAAUGAAAAGAUAAACGUCUUGAAUGAAAAAGUAUCUGCUGCACAAAAAGAGAACACCACCAAAGAUGGUCUAGUAAAGCAGCAUGCUAAAGUGGCUGAAGAAGCUGUAUCAGGUUGGGAGCAAGCUGAAGCAGAGGCCUCGGCACUGAAAGUUCAACUAGAAACUGUUACAUUGUCCAAGCUAGCAGCUGAGGAAAGAUCUGCGCAUCUGGAUGGUGCUCUAAAAGAAUGCAUGAAGCAGGUGAGGACAGUGAAGGAAGAAAGUGAGCAAAAACUGCAUGAUGUAGUCUUUGCAAAGACCAAACAGUGGGAGAAGAUAAAGGAUGAACUGGAAGCCAGGUUAGCUGAGUUCGAACAGGAGCUGAUUAGAGCAGGUGCUGAGAAUGAUGCACUCUCUAGAUCUCUUGAAGAACGGGCAAACUUGCUGAUGAGAAUUGAUGAGGAAAAAGCUCAAGCAGAAGCCGAGAUCGAAGUGUUAAAGAGCACUAUUGAGUCAGGUGAAAAGGAGAUAAACUCUUUAAAGUAUGAACUUCAUGUUGUCUCCAAAGAGCUUGACAUUCGCAAUGAAGAGAAGAACAUGAGUGUACGUUCAUCUGAUGUAGCAACCAAGCAACACCUGGAGGAUGUCAAGAAAAUAUCAAAACUUGAAGCAGAAUGCCAAAGAUUACGCGGCCUUGUUAGGAAAAAGUUACCUGGGCCUGCUGCAUUAGCUCAAAUGAAGAUGGAAGUGGAUAGUUGGGGCAGAGAUCAGGGAGACAACAGAUUGCGGCGUUCCCCUUCAAGGAGUUCUACCUUCCAACAUCCUAUGCCCCCAUCUCCUGACUAUGCUCUUGAAAACUUGCAAAAAAUGCAGAAAGAGAAUGAAUAUUUGACUGCACGUUUAUUGUUGAUGGAACAAGAAACCAAGAUGUUAAAAGAAGCAUUGUCAAAGUGUAACAACGAGCUACAGGCAUCCAAAAACUUGUGUGCUAAGACAGCAGGCAAGCUCCGCAGCAUGGAACUUAACAUGUUGAGUGGUAGCCUGUAUAAGAGUCCAACAAAUUCAUACAUCGAUACCUCCUUCGAUGGUGCAUCAAGUCAGAAAGGAAGCAACCCACCAAGUUUGACUUCAAUGUCUGAAGAUGGUGUUGAUGAUGCAAAGAGUUGUGAGGAGUUUUGGGCCAAUUCUUUGGUGUCCAAAUUCUCACACUUCAAAAAAGAUAAAGGAGGUAAGCGCAGUUUGACAGAAAACUCAAAUCAGAUGGGCCUCAUGGAUGACUUCUUAGAGAUGGAGAGAUUGGCAUGUUUAUCUUCUGAAGCUAAAGGAUGUGAUGGCAUUGUUGACAAGAAGAAGGUUGGUAAAGUUGAGGAAACUCUCUCCACUAUCACUAAAAAAGAGAGUGACAAAAAUUCAUCACCAGCUUUGCAGUCACCAGGUUCUCCAUCUAGUAGUGCGCAUCUGACUGAUAACUCUCCGCUUUCCAAACUGCACUCAAGAAUUUUUACAUUGUUGAGCUCUCAAUCACCACAGAACAAUGUUGUGAAGGUACUGGAUGGUAUCAGGAAUAUCGUAAGGGAUAUUGAAGAAGAGGCAGAAUUUGUGAAUUUAAACAAAAUUCAACAUGACAACAUUGUUGAUUAUGGAUCUUCAACAAAGCAAGCCAAAGCCUUGGUGAUUAUGGAUCAUGGGCUUAAAAAUGCCAUUUCAAAGAUUCAUGAGUUUGUCAAAUCACUUAUUAGACGAGCAUCUGAGUUACAAGGAAGUAGUUCCCACUAUGAUGCAGUGUCUCAGAAGAUAGAACAGUUCUCCAGAAUAGUUGAUAAAGUUCUGUCUGAUGGCCAUGGCCAUGGUUUAAAUGAGAUUGUGAUUGCAUUAUCUGAAAUCUUGCUGGAAAGUGGUGAGGUUAAACUGGCAUUGUUGAGAGAGAGUGUUAAUGAGGCAGAAAGCAAUAAUGUAGAUUGUGUUGAUAAAGUGACGCUACUGGAAAACAAAGUGCAUCAGGAGCCACCACAAGAUAGUGUGUCUGGAGUUUGUUCACUUAUGCCCCAUUCAUCUUCCGAACCUGAUUUUGAGGGUAGUCCUAGUGAUGCAUCUGAUGUUAAAACUGCCAUUCGGAUAUGCACACCAGAGGAAUACGAAAAACUGAAAUUGGAAAAGGGAAAUUUAGAGAUGGAAUUGAUGCUGUGCAAUGAAAUGAUUGAAAGUACAAAUCUCAAGUUUGGUGAGAUGGAGAAAAACCUUGAAGACCUUACAUCGAAGUUGGCUGCCUCUGAGAAAUCAAAUAACUUGGCUGAGACACAGUUAAAGUGUAUGGCUGAAUCAUACAAAACACUUGAAUUACAAAAGGUGAAACUAGAAGAAGAAAUAAGAGUUUUACAGACAAAGAUAGAUAAUUUAUCAGCUGACCUUGCUGAAGAAAGACAAAUUCAUCAGGAGGACAUAGCCAAGUACAGAGAUCUCGAGGAGAAUAUGGAAAGGUAUGAGAAGAAUUCCUUGUGUGUAGUUGAGGAUUCAGGUACAAAAUUGAAGCAGGAGAAAGAGAUAGCCGCAGCAGCAGAGAAACUUGCUGAGUGCCAGGAGACAAUAUUGCUUCUUGGCCGGCAGCUGCAAACUCUGCGCCCUCCGCCAGCAGAACCUUUGGUUUCUGCACUAAACAGACAACGGGUGGGAGAGUUUUCAGAAAAUCAAGCUGGACCAGCUCAAGGCAUACAUUCUAAGAAGCCGUCAGGUCAAUUUGAUGCAGAUUAUACAUUAUCAAGUGCGCCGGGAACAGGAAAUGUAUCUCCCCUAAAUGGAUAUAGCGCACACAAAAGCCCCUCUAAUGUAGCUGGGAGCCCUUACUUUACUUCACCGAGCAGUUCUAAGUGUCCAAAGCACAGAUCAAGAUCUUCAUCUUCCUCAUUUUCUAGUCAGCUACCAGAGAAACAGGGUCGAGGUUUCAGUCGGUUAUUCUCAAAAGGCAAGAGCUAAUGCUAGCGGCCUAUAUUUUUGGUUUAUUUAUUUUCAUAUCCUGGUGAGCGAUGCAGGUCAAGAUUUAUGCAAGGCAAGCAGUAAAUCAGUUUGUGUAUCCUGCGCAUGAUAUCUGUGUUUAGGGAUUUUAGUAUCUGCUCGCGGAUGAGUUAUAUCCAGAUUUAGUAUGUUAGUAAUAGCCAGUAGCUUGCCUAGAGUUAUUUUGGUUGAUUGUUUGCUUAUACCUCAAUGGAACCUCACUGUAAAUUAGCCUACAAGUGUGAAGAUUGAAGAUGUGGUUUCUUGUGUGUUAGAUUUCCCUUGUGGAGGAUUAAUUAAUUUGUGUAUUGUGCCAUACUUAAGUUUGAUGUACAGUUAACUUGCAUAUGUAAUAUGUUGAAGAAUUGUUAUCCAGACUUUUCUGUCAAAGUUGAAAGGCCCUGUAUGCGAACUCGUGUCCUAAC